CUCAAUUCGCCGAGCUGCACACGCCACGACGAUGCCGCGCUCGACCACCAAUGACCGGGACUCGGCAGACGAAGGGUCAGAUAGGAAAUCGAUAAGCAAGUGGACCCCCGAGGAAGAUUCCCUCAUGAUGGAGUUGGUGCAGACUCACGGUACCCGGCGGUGGAGUGUCAUUGGCAGUUUACUACCUGGGCGAAAUGGCAAGCAGUGCCGUGAGAGGUGGCACAAUCAACUGGAUCCAUCCAUUCGAAAGGACCCAUGGACGACUGACGAGGAAACCCUUUUAAAGGUAGCCCAUCACAAAUACGGCAACAAGUGGGCCGAAAUUGCCAAACUGCUGCCUGGCCGAACUGACAACGCGAUCAAGAACCACUGGAACUCGUAUAAGCGAAGGGGUCACCGUGCAAUGCAGCACAAAGCGAAGAUGUCGAUGCCGUCUCAACCUCACUCACACAUGGAGCCUGCGUCCAUCUUCGAGCAUUCUCCUACCAACCUGAACCGCAUUUCGAUGCUUCAUGAUCAUAUCAAGCAACAACUGCCCAUGCAAGAACAUUUCUCAUUGCUCCACGCCACAGUCACCAAACAACAACAUUUGGCCCACACCACGUUACCCCAUCACUUUCACCACCCAAUGAUGCAACACUCGCUCCAUUCCAUGCCGGUUUCAUCAACCAUGACUUCGAACGGGACGUCACUCUUUCCACUUCACCAGCAGCGUGGCCUCGUUCACAACUCCUCGACGCAAAACAAAGAAAACCAGAGUGGGUCGCAGCCGCAAUUGACAGUGUUAGCUGAUGCAGCCGCCGUUCAGACCAUCGUCCUGUAGAUCGACCGUCUCUUGAUUCGACACUUUUGUUUGCUAUAGCAAUAAACGACCCAGAUCGUCAUCGUGUGUAUCAUGCGUCUUGGGUGGUGCGAUCGCUUCUUGGCGUGUCGUCCGUGGCCAGUUCCACCCGACCGUUCCAGCUCACGUACACGCCGGGCGGCAACCAACGAAUCGCGCCAAGUGCACAGCCGAGAUUGAAUGCGGCGUCAGAUGCAGCCGGAAUGCAUGCAGGGACUCGGGCUCCCGUGCAUACAAUCGUCUGUGUUGGUGGCCGACGGGACUGGAGGUACGCGGCCGAGGUCGUCAACACCGUCGCGUCCAUGGUGAUGACCACGAACGUCGCUCGAGUCUAACGACGUACGAGUCAACCACGACCCAACAUCAUGCGCAACGUCACCCUUUGGAGGGCGACAACGAC